AUGGUACCCGCCAAUCAGCGUCGUCCCCAGUUGGCCUCCUCCGCUCUUUCGUCCUCCUCGGCCAGACGCGAUGUGAUCGGAUCUGCCAAGCAGUCCCGGGCCAACGCGCUGGACCAGAGUCAGAGCAGUACUACCACUAUUAGCCGCCGUUCCGGGGUACCUGUCGGUAAUCCCACUGCUGAAUCUCGGCUCUUAGAAUCAUCUUCCAGCAGCACUCCCACUGGCCGUCCGCAUAAUCAAAGGCACGGUGCGGCACGGGGAACACGCAGCGCACGCCACCAGGAGAUCGUCUCCGCCUUUGAGUGGGAGGCGUUGAAGCUUGAACAGCGCAAGAAGACGGGAUUCGUUGCGUCUUUCGGGAGCAGUAAAGAACUGUCGCUGACUGUUGGGCUGUCUAAGUCACCAUCUCACACGAUGUCGCGGAAUAGACCUCGAGGUCCUCCUGUGCCUAGAGACAAUGGUCUCGCGGCUAAUGAGGAGACUGAUAUGUGGAACAAGAUUCUACAGGACCUACGCAAGGCUAAGGAGAAGAAUGAUAAGCAGAAAGUCGUGGCUGAAGAGAUUGCUGCAUUGAACGAACAGAUUGGUAGAGACGGUGGGAGGCCCACUCUCAGCGAGCAUAAUCAGCUGGACAGUCUAUAUCGCCAAAUGUCCAAGCUCUGCGAGGAAGAGAGAGCUAUUCUCCAAGACGAACCCAGUGACGUGAUCAAGAACCUGGGGUUAUUGACCGCGCUUCGUCAAGCAUCUGAAGCAGAAGCUCCAUUCAACCGCGCCGCUUCUCUGGUCAAGUCACGAAAGAAGAGAAGUGAUGUGGAUGGAUCAGCAACAGACUCGCCCGGUCCCUCAGGUCCGUCUGUAUCGGACAAGAUUGGCCGCAUCAAAGGCGUACAACGUAGCACCAGUGCUUCCAGUCCUCAGACGCGUGACGGCCGCGAAAUUCGUGACGGUGUCAUGGUCAAAAUUGAAGAAACGGCAGAAAGUAUCAGAGGCACGAUCGCGGAGCGCAACGGGCAGCUUGUCAUUGGCGCCGAAGUGGUUUUCAAACAUAAUAAGAACAAACAGGGCGUUGAAGGGGAGGGGAUCCAGUGUAUCAUCAAGGGAAUCUCCGGUGACGGUCCUAAGAAGAGAUACGACGUGCAAGACCCCGAACCAAAUGAGAAUGGCGAACAAGGCGCUGUCUACAAGACCACGGCCGCAUCUCUGAUCCCUAUUCCCCAAGUCGGCUCCACACUGCCGGUUUUCCCUGUGGGGAAGCAAGUUCUAGCACGAUACCCCGACACGACUACAUUCUACCGUGCUGAAGUGAUGGGCACGAAAAAGGACACCUACCGCCUCAAAUUCGAGGGCGAAGAGGAUGACAAGGAAAUGGAGGUCGAUCGACGAUUUGUCCUAGACAUUCCGGGAAAAUGA